AUGAAGUACUCACUCAUCACCGGCUUGUCCCUUGUGGGCUCCGCCCUCGCUACUGUUCCAGCCAUUGAAAUCAAGGGCUCCAAGUUCUUUUAUUCUAACAACGGCACCGAGUUCUAUAUCCGUGGUGUCGCCUACCAGCCUGACUAUGAUGGCGGUGGUGGCUCUGGUAGUGGUGGUGCCGCCUCCGUUAACUACGUUGACCCCCUCGCCGAUACUGACUCCUGCAAGCGCGAUAUUCCAUACCUGAAACAGCUGCGUACCAACGUCGUCCGUACCUACGCUGUCAACCCCAACUCUUCUCACGAUGAGUGUAUGACCGCUCUGGCCGAUGCUGGUAUCUAUGUUAUUUCCGAUCUUUCAUCUCCCGAUGAGUCCAUCGUUCAGGCCGACCCCAAGUGGAACUCCGACAUCUUCUCUCGUUACACCUCCGUCGUGGACGCUUUCGCCAAAUACCCCAACGUUAUUGGUUUCUUUGCCGGUAACGAGGUUGCCAACAAUAUCACAAAUUCCAACAGCAUGGCCUUUGUCAAGGCUGCCGUUCGUGAUAUGAAGUCCUACAUUAAGCAGCAGAACUACCGUAGCUCUCUGGCUAUUGGUUACGCCACCGAUGAUGACGAGACUGUCCGUAACCAGAUCUCUGAUUACCUGGUUUGCGACGAUUCAACCUCCUCCAUUGACAUGUUUGGCUACAAUAUCUACGAGUGGUGCAGCAGCUCGGAGACAUACGCUUCUUCUGGCUACAAGAACCGUACCGAGACUUUUGCCGACUACCCCGUUCCUGCCUUCUUCUCUGAAUACGGUUGCAACACCCAGUCUCCUCGUCAGUUCGAUGACACUCCCGUUCUCUACGGCUCCCAGAUGGAAAAUGUGUGGAGCGGUGGUAUCGUCUACAUGUACUAUGAGACCGAUAAUGACUACGGCCUGGUCAGCACCUCUGGUACCGACAUUGUCACUCUAUCCGACUUCGACAACCUGUCUAAGCAGAUCCAGAAGGCUACUCCAACCGGUGUCAACAGCGCCAGCUACACCCCAUCAACUACCGUUGGAAUUUCCUGUCCCACUGUCGAAGCCGGAUACUGGCUCGCUGCUUCCAAGCUGCCUCCUGUCGUUGAUGCCGACCUCUGCUCCUGCAUGUACGAUUCCCUGGAGUGUGUUCCUGUCAGCGACAUCAGCGCCAAGAAGUCCAAGUCCACUUUCGACUACCUCGGUGGCAUCGACGGUGUGACCGACGGUAUCAAGACCAACGCCACCAGCGGAGAGUACGGUGCUUGGUCUAUGUGUGAUACAAACCAGCAGCUCGCCUGGGCCAUGAACGUCUACUACAUCAAGAACGACAAGGGCUCUUCGGCCUGUGGCUUCAGCGGUGCCGGUACCACCAAGGCUGCCACUUCUGCCACCGGUCAAUGCUCCUCCCAGCUGAAGGUCGCCGGCACCGCUGGCACUGGAUCCGUCACCGGCACCCUGGCUGUCGCUACUGGCACCAGCUCCUCUGCUUCCACCUCCACCUCCAAGGGUGUUGCUGCCGGCACCGUGCCCCAGUCUGUCCACAUCGGUAUCUUCCAGGCUGGUGCGUACAUGGUUGCUGCCAUCGCCUCCGGUGCUUUUAUGAUUAUGCUGUAA